GCAAAGAGGAAAAGAGAGAGAGAGAGAGAGUGAGACAAAGAAAGAAAGAGAGAGAGAGAGAGAGAGAGCAAACACAAGGAUUGCAGGCUUGACAUAUACAUAUUCGCAGUGAACAAACAGAAAACCUAAUGCCAGAGAAAGACAGACGAAGCCAGUGAGAGAAGAAGGUCACCUCUAGAGCAGUGAAGGAAAGGGGGGUCAAACCCGAAGACUGAACUCUGGGAGUCUGAAGUCCGGAAAUGGGAAUUCGGGAGGUCCUACUUUGAACUGAAGAAAACAUUUUGAAUCGACACCAUUGAAAGACGACUGGGAUCACAUCAAUUCUAAGGGUCACAAUGGAGAAGCUGUCUGAGAAAGAUAAGGGUCUGAUUCGGGACAGCUGGGAGAGUCUGGGGAAGAACAAGGUGCCACAUGGAAUCGUUUUAUUCACUAGGUUAUUUGAGCUGGAUCCUGCACUACUCACUCUCUUCAGCUACAGCACAAAUUGUGGCGAUGCACCUGAAUGUCUCUCCAGCCCAGAGUUCCUCGAGCAUGUCACCAAGGUGAUGUUAGUGAUUGAUGCAGCUGUGAGCCAUCUUGAUGACCUACACACACUGGAGGACUUCUUGUUGAACCUGGGAAGAAAGCACCAAGCAGUUGGGGUGAAUACACAGUCCUUCGCUUUGGUUGGAGAGUCCCUGCUUUAUAUGCUACAGUCUAACUUGGGACCAGCCUACACGACAUCUCUGCGCCAGGCCUGGCUCACCAUGUACAGCAUUGUGGUGUCGGCCAUGACCCGAGGCUGGGCCAAAAAUGGUGAACACAAGUCCAACUGAACAGGAAGUAGAUGUGAGAUUCACUCUGGAACAUCUUAUUGCUAUUGAGGUCACCAGAUGUAACUUCUCAAAAAUGUUUUUAAAGAGUGAGGGGCUCAGACCGCUAAAGGGAAAAUCAAUUCAGUUGAGUUGUGUUUUGGCUCACUGUAUAAUCCUAACUUUGGUAACUUGGUCAGAUUAUGGACUGAGAAGGUAGUUAGGGAUAACGAAGCCUAGGAGGUUAAAGAAAGUCCAGGUUAUAGAUGGUUAAUGGUUGAAACUUCAAAAGCAAAGUUUGCUUUGUAUAUAUAGUAAUGACUAAGUACAUAUAGUAAUGACUAAAUGUAUUUCUUCAAGCUAUCUUAAAUGACCGUCUUGAUGUAUUGAUGUUUUCAUGUGAGCGUAAAACAGAGGUUUGACUAUGCACAUGUAAGCUUGGUCAUCUUGAAGGGAUUGUUUUAUUUUGAAGGCGUUUAAAGCCACUACAACUUCACUUAACCCUAAAUUACAUUUUAUUUAUUCUAUAAUCCACGCCUGUGCUGUGUUAGGUUAUGUUUACGUUAAGUUCAGUAAAUUAUCUACCAUAGUAUUUGGCAGUAUGGUCUGAAUGGUAAAGAUAAAGUCAAUAAGCAAUCAGUAGCCCUGUUUUGAUACCAUUUAAAUGUCCGUGUGAAAUUUUGCUUGCCACAUUCUUUAACCAUUAUCAGAACUUCUGGCGAUGAAAGUAAAUGACGAGAACUGUUACAUCCGAAAUAGCUUUUGGAAUUUUUAGACUGUUAAUUUAUGAAGCUGUGCCAUGUCAUAAGUUUACAUUUCCAUUGUAUGGGAUUUCAAAGCAGUCUACUCUGAGGCUUACUUAUGAAAGCCUUGUGUAGACUGUUACUUAACAUAACGUGACUGUUAUAUCAUAGUAACUGGAUGAUUUAUUCACUUAUUUAGAAGUGUAGAUAGUCAAAAAUUGUUUAUGCUAAAUGAUUUGCUCCACUGGGUGUUAAAAAUUAGAUUUUUAUGUCAAAAUGUUGUUUAUCACCUUUUCACAGGUUCGGUUAGCAAUCUUUCUGAACAAUAUUUUUUAAAAAUAGUCAAUCAUAUUAGAUGGCUGGCUUAUUAUAUAUCCUUAAGCUAUAAGUUAAGAACAUACAUGCUCUUAUCUAAGAUAAGAAUAUCUGUUGCCAUAAUUAUGAGCUAUAGAAAAACAUUAAAAGCGAUGAUAACCUUUUUGCUGCUAUCAUUAAAAAUUCAAUAGCUUUGUAGAAAUGCUGCUCUCUUUAUAUACGAGAGAUAUUUCUACAUUUAAAUGUUUCAGGCCAAGUAUUUUAAAGUGUGUAGAACUGUCACAGAUAUUGAAACUACUGGUAUGUUACAUUUUACAUGUUAAUUUAUAAAAGGCAGUACCUACUUUAUAGCCUUGUUUUGUAUAUUAAGAUGUAUGUGGAUUUGUUAUUUAAUUUUAUGCAUUGCUUAACAGUGCACUGACUGUUUUUUUUUUGUGUAAAACGUUUAUAUUUAUUUCUUCUCUCAAAGACGUAACCUCUGAGAUGUCUGUCUUUAUGGAAUGAUCAGCUUAUUAGUAUUAAAUAUCUUUUUUAAAAGGUGCAAUGAUUACUAUAUUUUCAAGUGAAAGUGUUCUUUUGUGAUAAUCUCUGUUUAAUGAGUAUUGAAGUAUAUUGUACGUGUAGUGUUUUCGCUUGAUAUUCUGUGACUAAAUCGUUUCAAUGUCUACCUCACUGAAGCAGCUGAUAUUAAACAGCGAUGUUACAACCUGUUUCCUCAGUUACCAAAAAAAUGAUAUUUCAGUUACACUGUACAUCCUGUUUCCUCAGCCAGUCGCCAGUCAAACUAGAAUCAGGAUCAGUCAAUGCUCUAUGUUAACACAUGUAUUUCAAACCUAUUUGUAAUAAAU